AUGUCAGACCAUAAGCUGUGCUGUAAACCACCCUUUGUGUAUGAUCCCUGUGGUCCAGUGUGUCCUGACAACACGUGUGCUGACAGCACGUGCAUGUUGCCUAGCGACAGAUGCGUGGAACAGUGUCGGUGUCCUGACCACCUCUUCCUCAACGGAGACAAAUGCGAGGAAAGCUGUGAAAAGGAACACACAACCACGAUGCCAUCCACCACUAGUUCCUUCAUCACCUCUAUCACACGGACACCUGUAACUCUAACACCAUCUAUUACACCAACUAGAGAGAGAAUCGUGGAUCUGCCGAUCAAGCACUCUACCUACUACACUAACGCAAUAGAGGAUCACAGUAGUGAGAAUUACCUAUACAUUGGUAAAACAGAAGGCUUCAAUGAUAGGUUCCGUUCUCUUAUUCGGUUCGAUCUGGAGAAUGUUCCGCUAGAGACUGUGCCAAUAGUAGGGACCAAAAGGUCUGAGAUAGCGGACUACAGAGACGAACAGAUGAUCGGGAGAGUGGUCAGUGCGUUCAUCGUUCGGAGAGAGUGGGAUCCCACUAAUGUUAACGAGGACAACCCCUGGGCUAAGCCUAUGGGAGAUGAUCUUAAACUGGACAGGUAUCCCAGUCAAAAAGGAAAGUUUUCUUACACACGACAGGAUUAUCUUGCCUCGCCAAUUAUCAAAACAAUCUCGAUGAAAGGAGAUAACCUCCACCUUAUGAAAUAUGGACUGAUGCUCAAAGCUAUGAACGAAAAUGCUCCUGGACAUCUUUUGAAAAUUGCUAAAAAAGAACGAGGAAAACUGGAAUUAAAAGCUGAAUAUUGCACUAGUGGAUCAUCAACAACAUCAACAUCAACCACAACAACACCUUCAUAUACCCCAUCUCACUCAUCAAGCACGUCAUCGUCAUCCACAACGACUCCCUCCAGUUCUUUUUCGACAACUUCAUCAACAACAACCUCGCCAUCAAGCUCUUCUAGCACAACAUCAUCCUCAACAACAACACCAUCAAGCUCUUCCAGCACAACAACACCUUCCAGUUCAUCAAGCACAACAUCAUCCUCAACAACAACACCAUCAAGCUCUUUUAGCACAACAUCAUCCUCAACAACAACACCAUCAAGCUCUUCCAGCACAACAACACCUUCCAUUUCAUCAAGCACAACAUCAUCCUCAACAACAACAGCCUCUAGCUCUUCUAGCACAACAAGACCUUCCAGUUCAUCAAGCACAACAUCAUCCUCAACAACAACACCAUCAAGUUCAUCAAGCACAACAUCAUCCUCAACAACAACACCAUCAAGCUCAUCCAGUGCAACAACACCUUCCAGUUCAUCAAGCACAACAUCAUCCUCAACAACAACAGCCUCUAGCUCUUCUAGCACAUUGACCAGCACAACAUCUUCAUCCACUUCAACUACUACACCCUCAAGUUCAUCUUCAACUACCAUAACAUCCACACCAAAUAUCACACCAACAUCUACACAAUCAACAUCUACUUCAAGCACCACUCCUUCAUCAAGUAGCACUUCAACAUCAAGUACUCAAACACCAACCCCUACACAAUCAAGUACUCAAACACCAACCCCUACACAAUCAACAUCUACUUCAACCAGCACUCCAUCAUCUUCAACAUCUACUUCAACCACCACUCCCUCUUCUAGCACCACUCCAUCAUCCAGUAGCACUUCAACAUCAACUUCCACCAGCACUCCAUCAUCCAGUAGCACUUCAACAUCAAGUACUCAAACACCAACCCCUACACAAUCAACAUCUACUUCAACCAGUACUCCAUCAUCUUCAACAUCUACUUCAAGCACCACUCCUUCAUCCAGUAGUACUUCGAUAUCAAGUACUCAAACACCAACCCCUACACAAUCGACAUCUACUUCAACCAGCACUCCAUCAUCUUCAACAUCUACUUCAACCACCACUCCUUCUUCCACCAGCACUCAAUCAUCUAGUAGCACUUCAACAUCUACUACAACCAGCACUCCAUCAUCCAGUAGUACUUCGACAUCAAGUACUCAAACACCAACCCCUACACAAUCAACAUAUACUUCCACCACCACUCCAUCAAGCUCAUCCAGUACAACAACACCUUCCAGUUCAUCAAGCCCAACAUCAUCCUCAACAACAACAGCCUCUAGCUCUUCUAGCACAGUGACCAGCACAACAUCUUCAUCCACUUCAACUUCUACACCCUCAAGUUCAUCUUCAACUACCAUAACAUCCACACCAAAUAUCACACCAACAUCUACACAAUCAACAUCUACUUCAAGCACCACUCCUUCAUCAAGUAGCACUUCAACAUCAAGUACUCAAACACCAACCCCUACACAAUCAACAUCUACUUCAACCAGCACUCCAUCAUCUUCAACAUCUACUUCAACCACCACUCUUUCUUCCAGCACCACUCCAUCAUCUAGUAGCAGUUCAACAUCUACUACAACCAGCACUCCAUCAUCCAGUAGCACUUCGACAUCAAGUACUCAAACACCAACCCCUACACAAUCAACAUCUACUUCAACCACCACUCCAUCAUCUUCAACAUCUACUUCAACCACCACUUCCUCUUCUAGCACCACUCCAUCAUCUAGUAGCACUUCAACAUCAACUUCCACUAGCACUCCAUCAUCCAGUAGCACUUCAACAUCAAGUUCUCAAACACCAACCCCUACACAAUCAACAUCUACUUCAACCAGUACUCCAUCAUCUUCAACAUCUACUUCAACCAGCACACCAUCAUCCAGUAGCACUUCGACAUCAAGUACUCAAACACCAACCCCUACACAAUCAACAUCUACUUCAACCACCACUCCAUCAUCUUCAACAUCUACUUCAACCACCACUCCUUCUUCCACCAGCACUCCAUCAUCUAGUAGCACUUCAACAUUUACUACAACCAGCACUCCAUCAUCCAGUAGUACUUCGACAUCAAGUACUCAAACACCAACCCCUACACAAUCAACAUAUACUUCCACCACCACUCCAUCAAGCUCAUCCAGUACAACAACACCUUCCAGUUCAUCAAGCACAACAUCAUCCUCAACAACAACAGCCUCUAGCUCUUCUAGCACAGUGACCAGCACAACAUCUUCAUCCACUUCAACUACUACACCCUCAAGUUCAUCUUCAACUGCCAUAACAUCCACACCAAAUAUCACACCAACAUCUACACAAUUAACAUCUACUUCAAGCACCACUCCUUCAUCCAGUAGCACUUCAACAUCAAGUACUCAAACACCAACCCCUACACAAUCAACAUCUACUUCAACCAGCACUCCAUCACCUUCAACAUCUACUUCUACCACCACUCCUUCUUCUAGCACCACUCCAUCAUCUAGUAGCACUUCAAUAUCAAGUACUCAAACACCAACCCCUACACAAUCAACAUCUACUUCAACCAGUACUCCAUCAUCUUCAACAUCUACUUCAACCAGCACUCCAUCAUCCAGUAGCACUUCAACAUCAAGUACUCAAACACCAACCCCUACACAAUCAACAUCUACUUCAACCAGUACUCCAUCAUCUUCAACAUCUACUUCAACCAGCACUCCAUCAUCCAGUAGCACUUCGACAUCAAGUACUCAAACACCAACCCCUACACAAUCAACAUCUACUUCAACCACAACUCCAUCAUCUUCAACAUCUACUUCAACCACCACUCCUUCUUCCACCAGCACUCCAUCAUCUAGUAGCACUUCAACAUCUACUACAACCAGCACUCCAUCAUCCAGUAGUACUUCGACAUCAAGUACUCAAACACCAACCCCUACACAAUCAACAUAUACUUCCACCACCACUCCAUCAAGCUCAUCCAGUACAACAACACCUUCCAGUUCAUCAAGCACAACAUCAUCCUCAACAACAACAACCUCUAGCUCUUCUAGCACAGUGACCAGCACAACAUCUUCAUCCACUUCAACUACUACACCCUCAAGUUCAUCUUCAACUACCAUAACAUCCACACCAAAUAUCACACCAACAUCUACACAAUCAACAUCCACUUCAAGCACCACUGCUUCAUCCAGUAGCACUUCAACAUCAAGUACUCAAACACCAACCCCUACACAAUCAACAUCUACUUCAACCAGCACUCCAUCAUCUUCAACAUCUACUUCAACCACCACUCCUUCUUCCAGCACCACUCCAUCAUCUAGUAGCAGUUCAACAUCUACGUCAACCAGCACUCCAUCAUCCAGUAGUACUUCGACAUCAAGUACUCAAACACCAACCCCUACACAAUCAACAUUUACUUCAACCAUCACUUCAACAUCUACUUCAACCAGCACUCCUUCUUCCAGCACCACUCCAUCAUCUAGUAGCAGUUCAACAUCUACGUCAACCAGCACUCCAUCAUCCAGUAGUACUUCGACAUCAAGUCCUCGAACACCAACCCCUACACAAUCAACAUCUACUUCAACCACCACUCCUUCUUCCACCACCACUCCAUCAUGUAGUAGCACUGCAACGUCUACUUCAACAAGCACUCCAUCAUCCAGUAGUACUUCAACAUCAAGUACUCAAACACCAACCCCUACACAAUCAACAUCUACUUCAACCAGUACUCCAUCAUCUUCAACAUCUACUUCAACCAGCACUCCAUCAUCUAGUAGUACUUCAACAUCAAGUACUCAAACACCAACCCCUACAGAAUCAACAUUUACUUCAACAAGUACUCCAUCAUCUUCAACAUCUACUUCAACCAGUACUCCAUCAUCUAGUAGUACUUCAACAUCAAGUACUCAAACACCAACCCCUACACAAUCAACAUCUACUUCAACAAGUACUCCAUCAUCUUCAACAUCUACUUCAACCACCACUCCUUCUUCCACCAGCACUCCAUCAUCUAGUAGCACUUCAACAUCUACUACAACCAGCACUCCAUCAUCCAGUAGUACUUCGACAUCAAGUACUCAAACACCAACCCCUACACAAUCAACAUCUACUUCCACCACCACUCCAUCAAGCUCAUCCAGUACAACAACACCUUCCAGUUCAUCAAGCACAACAUCAUCCUCAACAACAACAGCCUCUAGCUCUUCUAGCACAGUGACCAGCACAACAUCUUCAUCCACUUCAACUACUACACCCUCAAGCUCAUCUUCAACUACCAUAACAUCCACACCAAAUAUCACACCAACAUCUACACAAUCAACAUCCACUUCAAGCACCACUCCUUCAUCCAGUAGCACUUCAACAUCAAGUACUCAAACACCAACCCCUACACAAUCAACAUCUACUUCAACCAGCACUCCAUCAUCUUCAACAUCUACUUCAACCACCACUCCUUCUUCCAGCACCACUCCAUCAUCUAGUAGCAGUUCAACAUCUACUUCAACCAGCACUCCAUCAUCCAGUAGCACAUCAACAUCAAGUACUCAAACACCAACCCCUACACAAUCAACAUCUACUUCAACCACCACUACUUCUUCAACCAGCACUCCAUCAUCUUCAACAUCUACUUCAACCACCACUCCUUCUUCCAGCACCAAUCCAUCAUCUAGUAGCACUUCAACAUCUACUUCAACCAGCACUACAUCAUCCAGUAGUACUUCAACAUCAAAUACUCAAACACCAACCCCUACACAAUCAACAUCUACUUCAACAAGUACUCCAUCAUCUUCAACAUCUACUUCAACCACCACUCCUUCUUCCACCAGCACUCCAUCAUCUAGUAGCACUUCAACAUCUACUACAACCAGCACUCCAUCAUCCAGUAGUACUUCGACAUCAAGUACUCAAACACCAACCCCUACACAAUCAACAUCUACUUCCACCACCACUACAUCAAGCUCAUCCAGUACAACAACACCUUACAGUUCAUCAAGCACAACAUCAUCCUCAACAACAACAGCCUCUAGCUCUUCUAGCACAGUGACCAGCACAACAUCUUCAUCCACUUCAACUACUACACCCUCAAGCUCAUCUUCAACUACCAUAACAUCCACACCAAAUAUCACACCAACAUCUACACAAUCAACAUCCACUUCAAGCACCACUCCUUCAUCCAGUAGCACUUCAACAUCAAGUACUCAAACACCAACCCCUACACAAUCAACAUCUUCUUCCACCAGCACUCCAUCAUCUAGUAGCACUUCAACAUCUACUUCCACCAGCACUCCAUCAUCCAGUAGCACUUCAACAUCAAGUACUCAAACACCAACCCCUACACAAUCAACAUCUACUUCAACCAGCACUCCAUCAUCCAGUAGCACUUCAACAUCAAGUACUCAAACACCAACCCCUACACAAUCAACAUCUACUUCAACCAGUACUCCAUCAUCUUCAACAUCUACUUCAACCAGCACUCCAUCAUCUAGUAGCACUUCAACAUCAAGUACUCAAACACCAACCCCUACACAAUCAACAUCUACUUCAACCACCACUUCUUCUUCAACCACCUCUCCAUCAUCUAGUACACAAUCAACAUCUACUUCAACCAGCACUCCAUCAUCCAGUAGCACUUCAACAUCUACUUCAACCACCACUCCUUCUUCCAGCACCACUCCAUCAUCUAGUAGCACUUCAACAUCAACUUCCACCAGCACUCCAUCAUCCAGUAGCACUUCAACAUCAAGUACUCAAACACCAACCCCUACACAAUCAACAUCUACUUCAACCAGUACUCCAUCAUCUUCAACAUCUACUUCAACCAGCACUCCAUCAUCUAGUAGCACUUCAACAUCAAGUACUCAAACACCAACCCCUACACAAUCAACAUCUACUUCAACCAGUACUCCAUCAUCUUCAACAUCUACUUCAACCAGCACUCCAUCAUCUAGUAGCACUUCAACAUCAAGUACUCAAACACCAACCCCUACACAAUCAACAUCUACUUCAACCACCACUCCUUCUUCAACCACCUCUCCAUCAUCUAGUAGCACUUCAACAUCUACUUCAACCAGCACUCCAUCAUCCAGUAGCACUUCAACAUCUACUUCAACCAGCACUCCAUCAUCCAGUAGCACUUCAACAUCAAGUACUCAAACACCAACCCCUACACAAUCAACAUUUACUUCAACCAGCACUUCAACAUCUUCUUCAACCAGCACUCCAUCAUCCAGUAGCACUUCGACAUCAAGUCCUCGAACACCAACCCCUACACCAUUAACAUCUACUUCAACAACCACUCCUUCUUCCACCAGCACUCCAUCAUCUUCAACAUCUACAUCAACCACCACUCCUUCUUCCAUCACCACUCCAUCAUCUAGUAGCACUUCAAUGUCUACUUCAACCAGCACUCCAUCAUCCAGUAGCACUUCAACAUCAAGUACUCAAACACCCACCCCUACACAAUCAAUUCCUUCUUCCACCAGUACUACCUCUUCAACCAGUACCACUGUUACUUCAAGUACUUCUUCUGUAAUCAUCAACUCGGCCAUCAAGUGCGAAGUUGGAGAAGAAGAAUAUUGGUUACCAUGGAGUAAAGAUGCAACUUUAUCCACCGGAAAAUCUGAUAACUUCAACUCGUAUUUAAAUCUUGGUUCAAGGCACGCUCCACCUGAUAACUCUUUGGUUUUGGACUACGAUUACUCAUGGUUGAGGGGUUUAGUCGCAGAACACGGAGUAAAGAACGUAAACGUGUAUCGCCUGAGUAUCUACCUUCGAGUCACAAAACAGUCGGAGGAUAUUUUUGCUGGUCGAGAUUUUAAUGUUUACGGCUUGAACAAGGACUGGUUGGAGAGCACAGUGUCCAGUACGAACCCCUGGGGAACUAACCUGCCCACUGAGCAGGACUUCACGGACAUGAGGAGUAGGUUGACAGUACGGUAUGACAAGAGAGUUAUCAACUCUAAAUACCAGAGGAUAGACAUCUUGUCAGAUCUGGAUAAUAUCCUGCACAACUCCUCUUCUCAUCACGGAUACUUCAUUGAUGGACGGGAAGUGGAGGAUGAUUUGCCGUACAGUUUCUACAGUAAAGAUAGCGCUAUGUACUCAAAUACUCCCAACGAUGUUGACUCCGAAGAACAUUUUGGUGGAGUUCAGAUAUGUUACGCGAUCACAGAGAGUUCGAGGAAGUGCAGUGAAGGGUCUCUGGUGACAGUGCCAGUGCUUGAAGACACGUAUCUGAUAAGCCAGUCUUUUGACACUCUUCACAACACGGAACCUACUCUAAAAGUGGGGGUUACUGGAGAUUCGAAGCACGGGAACCUUACUGGUCCUGUCAGAUCUCUCAUUCGCUUCGAUUUCCAAACUGCCUUGAAGGGUUACAGAAAACCAGAAGUAGUUGACAAUGGUACCUUAGUCCUCUCCUUCCUGGGGAGUGAGCUGGGGAUGGGAGAUGAGGCGACUAUGAUGGGUAGAUAUCUGCGCAACAGGAACAUUCAGCUUUUCCGUGUUGAAAGAAACUGGAAGGGGGAUGACCCUUCGGCAUAUGGUGGUUGGGCAAAUGAGCUAAGGGCAGGGAAUCUUGAUAACAAAAUGACACAAAUCGGAAAUAAUUUCUUUGUCACUGAUGAAACGGAGCAUGAACAACAAUACGUUGAAAUUUCCAAAGGAGACAUUUCAGGGUGGAUCUCAGAAAAUUAUGGACUGCUGAUAGGUUCAGAAGAUGACCAUUUGAAAGGAAGAUCAUCCGGAAUUGUAGCUCUGUUCGGUGCAUCUGAAACAAAGGACAAACACAUGAGACCAGUUCUCCAAAUAUGUGUCAAAGAGAAAGAACCAAUCACUACUACUACACCUUCUACCUCUUCAACUGUAACCUCAACAACACACAUCAUUACAUCUUCAAAAUCUUCAACAUCUACUUCAACCAGCACUCCUUCAUCCAGUAACACUUCAACAUCAAGUACUCAAACACCAACACCCACACAAUCAACAUCAACUUCAACCACCACUCCUUCUUCGAACAGCACUCCAUCAUCCAGUAGCACUUCAACAUCUACUUCAACCAGCACUCCUUCAUCGAGUAGCACUUCAAUAUCAAGUUCCACCAGCACUCCAUCAUCUAGUAGCACUUCAACAUCUACUUCAACCAGCACUCCUUCAUCCAGUAGCACUUCGACAUCAAGUACUCAAACACCAACCCCUACACAAUCAACAUCUACUUCAACCACCACUCCUUCUUCCAGCACCACUCCAUCUUCCAGUAGCACUUUAACAUCUACUUCCACCAGCACUCCAUCAUCCAGUAGCACUUCAACAUCAAGUACUCAAACACCAACCCCUACACAAUCAACAUUUACUUCGACCAGUACUCCAUCAUCUUCAACAUCUACUUCAACCAGCACUCCAUCAUCCAGUAGCACUUCAACAUCAAGUACUCAAACACCAACACCUACACAAUCAACAUCAACUUCAACCAUCACUCCUUCUUCCAGCACUACUCCAUCUUCCAGUAGCACUUCAACAUCUACUUCCACCAGCACUCCAUCAUCCAGUAGCACUUCAACAUCAAGUACUCAAACACCAACCCCUACACAAUCAACAUUUACUUCGACCAGUACUCCAUCAUCUUCAACAUCUACUUCCACCAGCACUCCAUCAUCCAGUAGCACUUCAUCAUCAAGUACUCAAACACCAACACCUACGCAAUCAACAUCAACUUCAACCAGCACUCCGUCGUCCAGUAGCACUUCAACAUUUACUUCAACGAGCACUCCUUCAUCAAGUAGCACUUCAAUAUCAACUUCAACCAGCACUCCUUCAUCAAGUAGCACUUCAACAUCAAGUUCCACCAGCACUCCAUCAUCAAGUAGCACUUCAACAUCAACUUCCACCAGCAGUCCAUCUUCUAGUAGCACUUCAACAUCAACUUCAACUACCACCCCUUCUUCAAACAACACUCCAUCAUCUAGUAGCACUUCAACAUCUACUUCAACCAGCACUCCAUCAUCUUCAACAUCUACUUCAAACACCACUCCAUCAUCUUCAACAUCUACUUCCACCACCACUCCUUCUUCCACCAGCACUUCAACAUCUACUUCCACCAGCACUCCAUCUUCUAGUAGCACUUCAACAUCAACUUCAACCACCACUCCUUCUUCAAACAGCACUCCAUCAUCUAGUAGCACUUUAACAUCUACUUCAACCAGCACUCCAUCAUCUUCAACAUCUACUUCAAACACCACUCCAUCAUCUUCAACAUCUACUUCCACCACCACUCCUUCUUCCACCAGCACUUCAACAUCUACUUCCACCAGCACUCCGUCGUCCAGUAGCACUUCAACAUCUACUUCAACCAGCACUCCAUCAUCUUCAACAUCUACUUCAAACACCACUCCAUCAUCUUCAACAUCUACUUCCACCACCACACCUUCUUCCACCAGCACUUCAACAUCUACUUCCACCAGCACUCCGUCGUCCAGUAGCACUUCAACAUUUACUUCCAUCAGCACUCCGUCGUCCAGUAGCACUUCAACAUCUACUUCAACCAGCACUCCAUCAUCUUCAACAUCUACUUCAAACACCACUCCAUCAUCUUCAACAUCAACUUCAACCACCACUCCUUCUUCAAACAGCACUCCAUCAUCUAGUAGCACUUCAACAUCUACUUCAACCAGCACUCCAUCAUCUUCAACAUCUACUUCAAACACCACUCCAUCAUCUUCAACAUCUACUUCCACCACCACUCCUUCUUCCACCAGCACUUCAACAUCUACUUCCACCAGCACUCCAUCUUCUAGUAGCACUUCAACAUCAACUUCAACCACCACUCCUUCUUCAAACAGCACUCCAUCAUCUAGUAGCACUUCAACAUCUACUUCAACCAGCACUCCAUCAUCUUCAGCAUCUACUUCAAACACCACUCCAUCAUCUUCAACAUCUACUUCCACCACCACUCCUUCUUCCACCAGCACUUCAACAUCUACUUCCACCAGCACUCCGUCGUCCAGUAGCACUUCAACAUCUACUUCCACUAGCACUCCGUCGUCCAGUAUCACUUCAACAUCUACUUCCACCAGCACUCCGUCGUCCAGUAGCACUUCAACAUCAACUUCAACCACCACUCCUUCUUCAAACAUCACUCCAUCAUCUAGUAGCACUUCAACAUAUAUUUCAACCAGCACUCCAUCAUCUUCAACAUCUACUUCAAACACCACUCCUUCUUCCACCAGCACUUCAACAUCUACUUCCACCACCACUCCAUCUUCUAGUAGCACUUCCACAUCAACUUCAACUACCACUCCUUCUUCAAACAGCACUCCAUCAUCUAGUAGCACUUCAACAUCUACUUCAACCAGCACUCCAUCAUCUUCAACAUCUACUUCAAACACCACUCCAUCAUCUUCAACAUCUACUUCAUCCACCACUCCUUCUUCAUCCAGCACUCCUUCUUCCAGUAGCACUUCAACAUCAAGUUCAGCUCCAGAAGAGUGCAUUCCUUGCCAAGCUGUUGUAGAUCAAGAGUUCUUCGAGGCUGAUGGUUGUAAAAGUUUGGAAAUGGUAAAUGUCACCUCCUGUCUCGGAAAUUGCAGAUCUUCCUCGAGGUUAUUGAACGGGGUGCUUGAAAGUAAUUGUAGAUGUUGUGUCCCAGCUGUUACCAAGCGAGAAGUACAGGUGGUAUGCGAAGACGGCAGCCUGAAGCUGACAAUGUAUGAGGACAUAGAGAGCUGCAGUUGUGAUGUGUGUCCUCACCACCUCACUAGUGAGCCUCCAACCAUGAGACAGAGUUUACUGAGAAGACUCCUCAGAUCUGUUUAUUAGGAACCUGUCAGGUGUGGUAGAAUGGGUACCGAGCGAGGAACUGAAAAAGGAACCGGAAAGGGAACCGGAAAAGGAACUAAACACCUUACGACGAUUAUUUAAUUCUGCUUGAUUUUAACAUGUUGUGUUGAUUUUGCUCAUUGUUACAAUGAUCUGCUUUAUUGACCCAAAGUUUUCCGUUUUUUUCGUUUCUGGUUCAAACUGUUCUCUUUUGCAGUGGAUCAUUACUUUGUUCCAGAAUACUUAGGGUCGAUAAGGACUGAGGUAAAUGCAAAUGUUAAUAAUGAA